UUCCCGAAGCAGGAAGUUUAGGAAGAUUUUCUUCUCUGAUCUUCAACGCGGAACAUCUUCACGAAUGGCAUCAAAAACAGUUCAGAUUAUAUUUGUGGCUCUCAGCGCCAUCGGGCUGCUUGGGGUCAUCAUCUGCUGCGCCCUGCCUGCCUGGGCUGUGGUCCAUCAGGGUGAUAUGGAACUUCAUGUAGGUCUGUGGAAGACGUGUAUGAAGCAGGGAACUGGACCGCAGGCGUGCCUAACGCAUGAUGACUCCCUGAUAUCCUCUAAAAUUCAGGCCUUAAGGGCCUUGACCAUCAUCAGUUGCAUGCUGGGUAUUCUCAGCCUCCUCCUCCUGAUCUUUGGUUCCGACUUCACCCCAUGUGUUCAGAAUGAAAACACCAAACCCAAAAUGAUCCUGGCGGCCGGAGUGGGCCUGCUGCUGACCGGCCUGCUGGUGAUCAUCCCGGUCAGCUGGGUGACACAUGAUAUGAGAAAUGCACCACAGGGAGUGAUGCUGGGAGCGAGCAUCUAUAUCGGCUUUGUAGCUGGUUUGAUGUUGAUGCUGACUGGAGGUCUGCUCUGCUACUUAAGCAGAUCCAGCAGCUCUGGAGGAACCGCCAGCUUCUUCAGCAACAGAGUUUAAGCUAUUGAUAAAACAUUUACUGUAACUAUUUCUGUUUUUGUACAAUAAUCACAACAGAUCAUUAUAUUUGGUCAGAUGUGGUUGGAAAAUAAAUAAAAUGUAUCAAAAAACUCAAUUUCAUAGAAUAUGAUUAGUUUUACAAAAAUAUAUAAAAAAUUACUUAACAGAAAACUUCAACUGAUUGAUUCUUCAUCUCAUAUGCAAGAGAAUAUUUUUUACAAAAUUAUGUGUUGUAAUAAAGUUACCGUCUGACUUUAUUUUAUCGUAUAUUUCAGCUUUUGCUUCUG